AUGAAUAUUCUGUUUUAUUUACAUUAACAAAAUUAUACUGAUACAUAUUUAUUGGCUCCAGAAUUCAUCAGAACAUAAACUUAUAAUUAUAAAUCUGAUAUUUGGAUGAUUGGAUAUAUGUUAUAUUAGAUGAUGUUUAAAGAUCCAUUAAAAGUAGCUAACAAUGUUGAUCUUUUAUAAAAGAAAAUUCUAAAAGGAAUUCAUUUAACAUACAAUUCUAAUUAAAGUCUUAAUUUAAAUAAUUUAUUAAAGUUGAUGUUAUGA